AUGGAGUUGGAUGAGGUGCCCUUUGCAGUUGCCAACCCCAUGACAGCCAAGGAGGAGGAAGCUUCUCCGGGCGAAGAGCUCUCGGACACAGAGGCAUUUCUGGUCGAGAAUGUUGGCCUCACAAAGAAGCAGAUGCGGAAGAUCCGCACAUUUUGGUCCUACAGCGGUGACCGGCAGCCACCACUGGCCAGGUGCCAGAUGGUUGCCGACUACUUGCAGAAUGACGUAGGCUUCAAUGAGGAUCAGCUGCGAAGGACUCUUGCUGAUUGUCCAGAAGCUCUUGAAGUGUUCUCUGUCGAGACACUGAAGGAGAAGGUGCGAUUCCUCGAGGUUGAGGUAGGCGUGGAGGAGCCGGACCUCGCAGAAGUGGUGGCCGCCUAUCCUCAG